CGGCUCUUGUGACUGACGCACUGUGGAGCGUUGACAACGCGGCUACGUCGUGUGAGUGUCUUGGGAUCAACUUGUGUGAACCAAGCAUGUGCUAUGUUGUCCCCGGCUGGCACGGGGUUAUGCCGCGACGCCACCGCCUGCUGCCGCUUUGGUGCACUUUUUGCGUUCCUGCUGCUUCCCGUCAUCUCUUACAGCAGCGGUGCCGUUGUCAAGAGGGCGGCUGACAUUGUUAUCGUGGUCGAUGGCGCCGCAAGCGACAGACCGCUCCGGUCUCGAGGUCUGUACUCUGCCUGUACUCACCAGAACAACUGCACGGACUACAAUGCCGUCUGCAAUUUCACCUUACGAAUAUGUGUGUGUCCCCGAGGCUACAGGAAGAAUGACUAUUUUUGCAUGUAUAUGGGUGGCUCACCGGACAACGUUGGCAUCUACCAGGUGACUCUUGUGGUGGCUGCCGUCUUCAUGGUUGUAGUAUUCUCGGUCUUUGUCGCUUGCGUUGUUAAAAGGACGUGCGAGCGCUCCAGAGACCUUGCAGAAAGAAUGCGCGAGUUGUCCGCAGAUGUGUACACGGUCCCUGCUGAAUUCGAAGGCUUGGAGAGGCCGCCUUCUUAUACGGACAUCGUCAAGAUCGACAACAUGGUGUACGGUGUGCCCCCGCCCGACUACUCGACGGUGAGUCCUUCGCCGGACGUCGAAGCCCCAGCGCCGUCGCUGCCUCCACGCAGGAUAUCCCUGUCAGCGCUUUUGUGGCAGGCGGCUGCUCGAAGACAGACGCCGAAUGCGGUUGAGUGCUCUGUUGCGCACGCCGAUUCUGGCGGAAGCUGUGCCACCUGAGCGCUUGGCCCCGCCAUGCACUUCGCGCCUCCUUGGACGUGUACGACCCUCCGGAGAUACUGCUGAUGAAGACACUAGACAGUGAUAGUUUGACUGGACAGACUUGACAGUUUUGUGCGACAUGCUGUCCAUAGCCUUCAAGCACGUACUUUGACAACCACGCUCAUGCGCUCUGUAUAUAACAGACGUGGCAAGUUUGGGUGAUGAUCCCGCGUACGACUACUGAUGAAUCAUUUUAGUAACUUCAGUUAACCAUUGCUCACAUGACACGAGCUGAACCAUUGUUACUAACAUCAGAGAGUGACAGAGGUCGUUAGUCGACUGCGUACAGAACGCUUGGCCGUCGAGUGAUGAGGUGUCGAUGACUCAAUCGAUUUGUAGUGUACCAUUUCCGUCACAAGUCAGACUUCAAAUUUCGUGGCUCUGAUUCAUUUGCCAGUGCAUACUAUGCACGGUUCACGUUGUGGAUUUUUAUUUAGGUCGCAAUGUGAGCCUGCUCGUUGUUUAUUUUAAGCCAUUUCGCAGCGCAGUUGUAAUUGAAGAAAACUGGAAACACAUUGGAAAUGAUUCCGCAUUGUGAAAUACAGAGAAUUAUACAGAAUUUUACAAGUUCA